UGAGGGUGGGGAUAAAUAUGUCAAUGGAAAAUGUUUAUGUCAAAGUGGUAAAUGAAAGCCGAUUUUUCCCGUUAAAAUCCGCCCCGGAAUUAUUGGCCGACUGAAAACAUGUGGUAGUGUAGUGUUUUUGUAGUGUAAGUGAUAAUAAAAAUCCCUCAAUUAAAUUAAUUUUACUACAGUGCAAAAUGGCUUCUGGAGAUGUAAUAGAGACUAUAGAACUUGAUUCAAAUUUGGCAUUGAAUAUGAAUAAUUCCAAGGAGAUUUCGGGGUACCAUGAAACGGGAGAGGGUGGAGAAACUGAUGACAAGGACGACAAUAAGGACACGUUAAAUAAAAGCAAUGUCCAGGAUGUCGGGCAGAGAACCCUAUCAAAUGUGGCCAAAACGAAGGCGGAGAGAGAGAAGGAGAGGGAGAGAAAGAUCGGACACCGGAGGGUCGGGGUGGGGGGAGAGAUCACUUACAAGAAGAUUCAGACCACCCAGAUCAUGGGAUCCAUACAAUUGGGCAUUCAGCAUGCUGUUGGUGGUUUAGCGUCGAAACCUGAGCGAGAUUUACUGAUGCAGGACUUUAUGACGGUAGAAACGACGAAUUUUCCGAGCGAGGGUUCGAACCAUACGCCCGCGCAUCACUUUUCCGAAUUUAAGUUUAAGAAUUACGCUCCAAUAGCUUUUAGGUACUUCCGAGAUUUGUUCGGCAUCCAGCCAGAUGAUUUUUUGAUGUCCAUGUGUAAUUCUCGUUUAAGGGAACUCUCAAAUCCGGGUGCGAGCGGUUCGAUAUUUUAUGUCACAGCUGAUGAUGAAUUCAUAAUAAAGACAGUGCAACAUAAGGAGGGCGAGUUUUUACAAAAACUCUUACCAGGUUAUUAUAUGAAUUUAAAUCAAAACCCUAGGACGUUACUUCCGAAAUUCUUUGGACUGUACUGUUAUCAGUGUAAUAGUAAAAACGUAAGACUGGUCAUUAUGAAUAAUUUAUUACCUAGUAACGUUGUGAUGCACCAAAAGUAUGACCUUAAAGGGAGCACAUACAAAAGAAAGGCCUCGAAAGCAGAGCGGCAAAAGAGGUCACCCACUUACAAAGAUCUCGACUUCAUGGAACACCACCCAGAGGGCAUUCUUAUGGAGGCGGACACUUACAAUGCUCUAGUAAAAACAAUACAGCGGGACUGUAGAGUGCUAGAAAGCUUCAAAAUUAUGGAUUACAGUUUACUCUUGGCCAUACACAAUUUGGAUCAGGCGCAAAGGGAAAGGAUGGUACGUAGAUCAACGAUUCCACAACUUAGUAGUUUAUAUGUUUAUAUUUUGAAGCAGAAGAAAUCUCAGACGACGUUAGAGGAGGCUCCUGAAGACGGAGAGGCGGGCGACAUGAGCGCCGCCAUGGUGCAAGAGGAAAGGGAGAGAGAAAGAGAAGACAGAGUGGGCGCAGCAGCACUGAACCGCAGCAGGUCUAUAAACCGGCAGAGGCUAGUGGCGCACUCCACCGCCAUGGAGAGCAUCCAGGCAGAGUCGGAGCCCAUCGAUGAGGACGACGACACACCUCCUGGUGGAAUUCCGGCCAGAAACGCAAAAGGCGAACGUCUACUACUUUUCAUCGGUAUUAUCGACAUCUUGCAGAGUUACCGGCUAAAGAAAAAAUUGGAGCACACGUGGAAAUCCAUGAUCCACGACGGUGACACUGUCUCGGUGCAUAGGCCGAGCUUUUAUGCCCAGAGAUUCCAGAAGUUCAUGUCGCAGACCGUCUUUAAGAAGAUACCAUCACCAUUAAAGCACUCCCCGUCAAAACGGAAAUCUUUGUCCAGGCCACUGGGAAGACACGAGGAGUUAAACGAACAGGAUACUACUGUGCAGGCGCAGGUGAAUUCUAGUCAACAAAAUGGAAGCAAAACUGGUGUAGCGCCAAGUUGCUGCAGCACGCCGCCUCCCACUUAUGACGGCCUGGAACAGGAACCUGGAGUGGUGCCUCUCACGGUAGGAACUGUCUCUUCGCUGCCUGCGAGGGUGCGGAUGGGUUCCCAUUCGUCCCACCAGUCGCAUGCGUCGCACCACCACUCCGCGGUGAAGAGUUACAAAGAAGAUGCUGUUAGUAUAACCGAUAUAAAACUCGAAUCUCGAUCCGAAAAUAAAUCAUCUCUAAGUGUGGAAUCUGGCAGUUCGGGUGCGGGCCACUCGAGCCAUUCUAGAGGCUUAGCAUGGACGCCCCCCGCCUCGGUGGAGGGUUCGACGCCCACUUGGACAGAAGGUACUCCAUCUUUUACCGAAUCAUCCAGUAGUGGAGACAUGGGAUGUCCCACCACGCCGUUGCGCCAAAGCUCCCACACCAAAGUGCACCACAAGAAGACCGUGGAACACGCUAUCAACUGUCUUACCACAGAAAUGGAGCAACUGAAGAAUCGUGUCGAGUCGGAUUACAAAUGAACGGAAACAUUGGCGAUUCCUCUCAUAAGAGAUACUGUAAAGUGUAAUAGCACACUGAUCCUAUAUAUACAUCAUAUCAUUGCAUCACAUUUCUGUUUGUCAGCUUGGCCUCUAGUGCGGACUAAAACAGUGGCUUGUUGCCGCCACGUUUUUGUGAUAAACUUUAUCGUAUUUUUAUAAUCAUGACUAACGUGUUACACUGUUUGUCAUUAACUUGGUUUUUAUCCUCUAACAUUAGAUGUGUGUUCUUCGCUUAGGUUUGUGUGUUCCGUUUCAUAUUUAUUAUUUUAGUUAUUUAUUAUUUAUUUUUUUCCUCUUAUUGUAGCGCAUCGAGAAAAGAUAUUUUAUCACUCGGUGGAGGAACUGGUGACACCAUAAAAACCAAGUUAAACAUUUUCCACUUUGUACAGUAUUGAUAGAAAUAAUAUAGGCCUCGGAUGAAAUAUGUCAGUGAACCUUUUCGGUUUUUCAUUUAUCCCAGUUAUAGUUUUUGCUGAUAUAUUUCCACCGUCUUCAUCGCUUCUUGUUAAACAAAAUAUUUAUAUCAGCGUGCGGUAGCCAAAGUGAUGUUCUUUUUCAAAUAAUUUUACACUUAAUGGUUUUUUGAACAGAAAAUAUUCUCGUAUCCUCACGAAUCUUCCCAAUGCAUUUAAAUGUCUAUCCAUGAUCAGUUAUUACUGGAAAUGUAGGAUGGGUGUGUAUAAGACUUGUUUUCUCUUCAUUAAACUGUAUUGGGUGUUAUAUAAAACCUUCAUAAAUGAUUAUAAGCCACAUGACCAGUAAUUUUGUUUGGAACAGUAAGAUCAAGAUUACAUUAAAACAACAUUCUGUUUCACCGGCAUAAUUUUUCAUGAGAUUUUAUUCAACGAAUUAUUGAUCGCAUUAUCUUGAGCUUAGAUGCAGUAGUUUGUCAUUGUUCAUUGUAAAUGAAUCAUUAUAUUGAUAAGAUUUACGGACUUUUAGUUGAUUUUAUGAGUCGUGCAAUGUUGGGGUGCCUAAGCUCGACAGUCCCGUGGCUUGUAAUCAUUUGUGAAGGCUAUGUGCUAACCAACGUAUAACAAUUUAGAAUUUUCAAUUUCUUUAGCAAUUUAGUUUUGUAAUGACAAAAAAAUCCAAAAAUCCGGAUCUAGCAUAUUUCGAGACUGUGUCUUACAAAUUAAAGCGUAAAAAAGCAAAAAAAAAACACCGAAUUAUAAAGAACAUGCUUUUUAGUUACCGCACAAAGUUCCCUGUCUGCUACAUUCCACAUAGAUAUAGUAGUAUAAAAAAAGCUGUUAUUAUAUAAUUAUUGAUAUAACUGCAAUACAUAAUGUAUUAUAAUGUAUAAAUGGAUGUUUAUAAAAGUUGCUUCGUAUAUUUCUCAAAUCUAAAUGUGAUUCAUAACAAUACAAACAUACAGAAUGUUUCAAUACGAAGCUUAUUUUUAAACUUUAUUAAAAAAAAAUAGUUCAUUCGUACUAUACUUAGAUUCAGUAUACUCUUUUUGUUCAGUGUUUGAAACAUUUUGUAUUAAUGUAGAUUUAGAGGCAAUAAUAUCAAUAUUUUAUCAAACAAUAUUCAAAAUUGUCCUUUGAUAAAGGAAACUAAGAUGUAAAUACUAUAUUUUUUUAUAUUUUGACUUUUUUUACUUUCUCUUAUUUAUGUACAGUUAAAUUUUCUUAAAAUAUGGAUAGGUACCCAGAUUAUUAACUUACGAUCAUACUUUUAGUAUAGCAUAAAAUAGGUAAAAUUUGAAGUUAAAAAAAUUUUGGUUAAUUUCUCAUGUUCAGGUAAUGGUGUGCCAAUUGAAUUAAAAGAAAAAUCCAAAACAUUUUCAUUUAAAAUUUGAACCACUUGAAAGUUUUUUUAUCGUUGCUAUCAUAUCACGACCGGUAAAAGGAGUAAUUUAUUUUUGGCUGAAAAAAUCUGAAAAAAAAUUUGUUAGUACCUACUAGCAAUACUGAAUCGUUUCCACCCUAAACGGACCAACCCCCUCACCCUCCUUUCCUCCUCCACCCCCUUUAAAUGCCGGGGAAACCAUCGCUUAUUAGAGGAAUCUUUAAAGAGCUUAGAGAUGCGAAAGUCAUUCAAUUCCUAUGAAUUUUACAUAUGAAGAAUUUUUUGGGUCGCUUAUCACGAAAGAAUCACGAAAUUCAAAAUGGCGGAUCCAAUAUGGCGGACAAGACAAUUGAAACGUCUUCAAAAUGCAUGAAUUU